CCGCGGGUCACGUGACGGCUCGGCGGUGCUGGCGGUUGCUGUCAGCUGAUCCCGGGGUCGGUGGCAGCGGCAGCCGCGGCGAUGGACUUUCUCCUGGGGAACCCGUUCAGCUCUCCAGUGGGACAGCGCAUCGAGAAAGCUACUGAUGGCUCCCUGCAGAGCGAGGACUGGGCCCUCAACAUGGAGAUCUGUGACAUCAUCAACGAGACCGAGGAAGGUCCCAAAGAUGCCUUCCGAGCAGUGAAGAAGAGAAUUGUGGGGAAUAAGAACUUUCACGAGGUCAUGCUGGCUCUCACGGUCUUGGAAACGUGCGUCAAGAACUGUGGGCACCGCUUCCACGUACUGGUGGCCAGCCAGGACUUUGUGGAGGGCGUGCUGGUGAGGACCAUCCUGCCCAAGAACAACCCACCCACCGUCGUGCACGACAAGGUGCUGAGCCUCAUCCAGUCCUGGGCCGACGCGUUCCGCAGCUCGCCUGAUUUGACAGGUGUUGUGGCCGUGUACGAGGACCUGCGGAGGAAGGGCCUGGAGUUCCCCAUGACUGACUUGGACAUGCUGUCACCCAUUCACACGCCCCAGAGGACUGUGUUCAACUCAGAGACGCCCUCAGGACAGGACUCCCUGAGCUCUGACACCAGUCAGCGAGGGGACCUGAGCCAGCAGGCCUCCCCUCUGCCCCCACCAGCCGUGCUUCCAGGUGACACACCCAUCACGCCAACUCCUGAGCAGAUUGGAAAGCUGCGCAGUGAGCUGGAGAUGGUGAGUGGAAAUGUACGGGUGAUGUCAGAGAUGCUGACGGAGCUGGUGCCCACCCAAGCAGAGCCUGAAGACCUGGAGCUGCUGCAGGAGCUGAACCGCACUUGCCGCGCUAUGCAGCAGCGGGUCCUGGAGCUCAUCCCGCGCAUCUCCAACGAGCAGCUCACCGAGGAGCUGCUCAUGGUCAACGACAACCUCAACAACGUGUUUCUGCGUCACGAACGGUUUGAACGGUUCCGAACAGGCAAGGCCACCAAGGCUCCCAGUGAGGCAGAGCCGACCACGGACCUGAUUGACAUGGGCCCCGACCCCGCAGCCGCCAGCAGCCUCUCAUCCCAGCUGGCAGGAAUGAACUUGGGCUCCAGCAGUGUGAGAGACGGCCUGCAGUCUCUGGGGGCCCCAGGCCACCUGGAAGACGACUUUGACAUGUUUGCCCUGACACGGAGCAGCUCACUGGCUGAGCAGCGGAAAGGGGUCAAGUACGAAGCCCCCCAAGCCACAGACGGCCUGGCUGGAGCCCUGGACGCCCGACAGCAGAGCGCCGGAUCGACCCCUGCCACACAGGCCCGCAUCAUGGAGGACAUUGAGCAGUGGCUGUCCACGGACGUGGGGCGCAGUGCUGAGGAGGCCUCUGGUGUCACCAGUGAAGAAUUUGACAAGUUCCUGGAAGAACGGGCCAAAGCUGCUGAUCGGUUGCCUAACCUGGCGAGCCCCUCAUCUGAGGGGCCCCCGGGGCCCCCUCCUGGCCCAACCCCCCGGAGGAAGACCCAGGAAAAGGACGACGACAUGUUGUUUGCCUUAUGAGUGUGUGGUCUGGUACCCACAGCCCAGGGCCCCCCCCCCUCCUGGUGUUAAGGCUGCUCGAGGGUGGUGGUCCCCUUCCCCUCUCUGGGCCAUACUGCCUGGAUGCUGGAGCCGUGGGAUGAAUUGAGGGAACGGACUGGCUCUCCACUGGGAUCACGGCUGCUCCUGCUUCCUGUCCGCAUCCCACCAUCCACUGUCUGCUGCGACCGCAGGGCCCCAGACAGGCUGAGUGACCCGGUUGACCUGGUGUGAUGCUGCUUCCCCGGGGCUUCCCUGGCCUUUCCCAGAGGAGCCCCUCAGAACCCACACUGCCACAGCUCACCCAUCUCCUGCCCCUACCCAGUGGGUCCUGCCUAGAGGCUUUGGCUAACUGUUGGGGGUGUGCCGUGAUGGCCUUGCUGGUGAGCCACUGCCCAGGUACGAAGCUGCAAGGGUGGGGCAACGUAGGUGUCAAGAUGAAACAUUGGGGGUGCUGGGUGCCCAGAGCCCCCCAGUCCUGCCACUGCCUUUUUCCCACCCUUACUCUGUUCCCCCAUCAGGCCUCCACCCACUUGGGGUCCACCCAUUGGUUGGUCCUCUGGUAUAGGCAGAGGUGCCUUUUGUAUCCCUCAAUAAAGAUAGAAAAACGCCC